AUGAGCCUGCACCAAGCGCCGAUCCCUGGAAGUUCCUCAGUCAGCAGCCCGUCUUCAGCUGACCGCGUCGACAGCGUCGAGUCUACCGACAACCUCGAGGAGCGCUGCGACGAGGACUUCCAAGACAACUCCGCCGCCAGCCCGUUGCUAGAAGCUGCAACUUGCCACGCAGCUGUCGACGACGAGGGCUUCGCAGCACUCGAAGUGGGGCAACUGCCUCAGCAUCACCUGCCGCACGAGGACUUUCUGGGCCAGCCUUGGUUCCCAAAGAAGGCGGCGGCCGUUCAGCACCAGCAGGCAAACGCCCACUCGCUGAUCGGAUCCUGCGACCUGAGCGACUCGGGAGGGUUCAAGAGCUUUUCGAGCUUUUCGGACUCUCGGGCGUUUGUGAACUACUUGAAGCAGCUUCAGGCAGCUGGGGAGACCCCAAAUCACUACGAGUGCGUCGACGCCACUGACGCCUUCCAAGUGGCGACCGCUCACGGAAGGUGCAGAAGCGGGAGUUUCAAGUACAGCGCGCAUGUUUGCCUGCAAGGGUUCUACUUGGAGGAUUCGUCCGCGCGGCGGGAGCUGAAGAAAGCUCUUGCCCACUUCCUUGAGAAGCCUCCCGAGGCGCUGCGCCGGAGCUGCGAGUUCCUGUUCUACGAGGGGAACAAGGGGGGCGUCCUCGUCGAGGGAUGCCUCAUUGAUUCGACGGUCUACAGCUGCUUCCAGAACUGGCAAACCCUUCACUCCGAGAAGAAGGGGUCGGGCCGCCCCCUCGCUCCCGCAGCGGGAAGCUCUUGCAACAUCGGCGACCAUCUAAUCGGCUUCUAUGGGGCGGCAGAGGUAGUGGCUGCCACAAAAACCGACAGCAACCUUCUGGCGGUUUACAAUCAACGGGAGGAGCCGGCGGCGUCCAUCUCUCGGCGCCCCGUCAACUGA